CAAAUACUUAUUACAAUUAUUUUACUACUAUUUUUAUUAGUUUUUGCAACUCUAACAUUCAUAUAAGUUUGAAGCCUCUAAAAAUGUAACACAGACAAUUUUUGAUUGAAAAUUAACCACUCCACGAUAUUCUUUCAUAGCUAGUUAUGUAUCGGUGCUCCAUCAUUCUGCUUUGUCUAGGAAUUACAUUACUCUUCAAAAACAGCGAAGGUGCAGUCGGUUUUGAGCCUUUAGACACAUCAGAUGGUAACUGCCAUUCUGACACGUUUGGGACAAUCAAGGUAGGCGAGACUGGUUAUGCGGAUGAUUGCGUCCGAGGAUUUUGUAGCGAGAGAGGUGUCAGUAUAGCAACAUGCGGAUAUAUUCAAGGCUGCGAUACAACUGUCAGACCACCUGGCAAUUAUCCUGAUUGUUGCCCACAACCUGGAGAAGGCUGUGGCUCACAUAUUGUGAUGGUUGGUUAGUAAGAUUAAUGUUACAUGAGAAAAAGAAAUAAAUUUUUUUCCUCUUGA